UUAAUUAUUUAAAAACUACAACAAUGAAUUGUAAUUUGUAUGUACUAUGUACCAACUACCAAAGCCGAAGAUAACAAAAAUUGAUUAGGACAAAACGUCAGAGUAUGGACGAUCGAGAACGAGACACACAACUGCAAUAUAAGAAAGCGGAUUCCCAUCUUUCCCCUUCUCCUCCAUUUUCAGCUCCGACGAGAAAAAAAGAAGAAAAAAUCAAUGGGUUGCUGUGGCGGCGACGAAGACGUCGACGACCCACUUCCCAUCCUUACCCAACACCUCAACCCCUCCGUCGCCGGAACCUCUUCUGCCGGAACAGCACCCAAUUUCUCCACAAUUUCGCCGAUGAACUCCAACUUCUCCGCCCUCUCCUGCCGCGACACCCUCCGCCUCAUCCUUGAGAGGCUCCCCUUGGCGGACCUUGCCAGAGCCAGCUGCGUUUCUCGUGCCUGGAACGCGGUGGCCUCCGAUGACGAGAUUACGAGGCGGGCUUUCAUGGCUCCCUGGAAAUUGAAGGAGAUCGUCGGGAAGCCGGGCUCCGGCGGGUUCUGGAGGGACAACGGGAUAGGGAAAUUUGCUGUCUCGCACAAAAUUGUCAGAGGGGAUUCCGUUGCUAGCCUCGCUGUCAAGUAUUCCGUUCAGGUAAUGGACAUAAAAAGACUGAACAACAUGAUGAGUGACCAUGGGAUAUACUCGCGUGACAGGUUGCUAAUCCCAGUUAGCAAUCCCAUUCUUCUGAUCCAUUCCACCUGCUAUAUAGAGCUGGACACCUAUGCCAAAAGGGAAGUGGCGGUACUCUACCUUACCGGUGAGCCUGACAGGAAGCUGAAUCGGCGGUUGUCAUAUAAUGCGACUUCAGAGAGAGGGCGGAAAAGGGUGCUUGAUUCGUUGAGGAGAAGCAUGCACGUCGAUGAUGGGACGGCUCUUUACUACCUGACUAUCUCAGACGGGGAUCCUCGUGCUGCGCUCUCCGAGUUCUCGGCAGAUGUCAGGUGGGAAAGACAGGUUGGACUGGCCUAGUAGCUCAAAUCAAAUGUCUAUGUUCGGUUAAUGAGAUGAAAGUUCUCUAGACUCCUUUCUCUGGUUUCUGUUGAUUCCCUGUCGUUGUUUGUAUAUGCAAUGUCUCGUGGUUAUGGCUGGGUGCUGAAAAAUGUACUGUGGUUUGUGUAAGCAAGCUGAGUGAGUUGUUUGUAUUCAUGUGAAGAUACACGAUUGGAAAAAAGUUGUAUCACUUGUAUGCAUAGGGGUGGGCAAUGGGCGGGUUAGGUGGAUUUUGGUCUAAAAUUGACCCACCCGCUUACUAGCGAAUUGAAAUGCAUGUGACCCGCAAUCCACCCACAUACUUUGGGUUGAGUUGGGUGGGUGACGGAUGGGUGCGGUUGGGUCGCGGAUUAACCCGCGAAAGCAAUUCUCCAUUCAGUCAUUAAGAAAAUUGACUAACAUUU